AAACAUGGCGUCCGUCAGCAGAGGAACGAAGAAGCUUCUCCUCCUACGACUUCUCAUCGCUUGUAUCCCAGCAUGCACUGGGUUUCCCGGAGGCGUGACGGUGAGCAGACCUGAGGCCAGCGUCUUCCUGCGCCGCAGUCGUCGGGCGAACUCUCUGUUCGAGGAGCUGAGGAGAGGAAACGUGGAGCGAGAGUGUGUGGAGGAGAAAUGUUCCUACGAGGAGGCCAAGGAGAUCUUCACUCUGCCUCAGCAACUGGAGGCCUUCUGGAGGAGGUACACAGCGGUGGACCACUGUCAGUCGUCCCCCUGUAAGAACGGAGCGACCUGUACUCGCCACGUCAACACCUACAUCUGCAAGUGUCUCCCUGGUUACCAUGGUUCCCACUGUGAGAAAGCUCGAGGGACCUACAGAGGCUGUCGCCAUAGAAACGGAGGAUGUGAACACUUCUGCAGACAGUCCCCGGACCGGUCCCACGCCUGUUUCUGCGCUAGAGGCUACGUCCUGCACCGGGACAACAGCAGCUGUGUCCCGCAAGUCAGCGUCCCCUGUGGACAACCCAAGUUCCAUGUGAUGCCCCGGAUGGUUAACGGGCAGACCUGUCCCAGAGGACACUGUCCAUGGCAGGCCCUGCUGUCGGCGCACUCCUUGUUCCUCUGCGGGGCGAUCGUGCUCUCUGAUUGGUGGAUCCUGAGCGCUGCUCACUGCGUGUGGGGACGACCUUUGACCUCCUUCAACAUCACGGCAGGGAAACACGACCGGUCUAAGAAGGAGGACUCGGAGGAGGAGCGUCGGGUCCUGAAGAUGAUCAUCCACCCAGCCUACAACGACUCCAGCAAGGACAGUGACGUGGUCCUGAUGAAGCUGGACCGGCCCCUCCGUCUGGGACCUCACGUGGUCCCCAUCUGUCUGCCCGCCCGGAACAGCACCUUCGGCAGAACCCUGACCAACAUCCGGCACUCCACCGUGUCCGGCUGGGGUCAGCAGGACGUCCACGGUCUGACCUCAGACGUCCUGCAGCGCCUGGUCCUGCCCCGGGUCCCCCUGCAGGAGUGCCGCCUCCACACCAAGCUCAACAUCACCAAGAACAUGCUCUGUGCCGGGUUCAGGAAGGGGGGGCAGGACGCCUGUAAGGGGGACAGUGGGGGGCCGCUGGUCACCCAGUACCGGAGCACCUGGUUCCUGACGGGGGUGGUGAGCUGGGGGAAAGGCUGCGCCGCAGAGAACAUGUACGGGAUCUACGUCAGGGUCACCAACUUCCUGGACUGGAUCGAGGACACCAUGUCCACCGGCUGAAACUGGUCCAGUUCCAGACUGGUGUGUGAAAUCAAAAGAUGUCAGAGGGGGUCCAGCUCCACACUGAGACCCUGAAAACCUGUACUCUGAAAACCUGUACUCUGAAAACCUGUACUCUGAAAACCUGUACCCUGAAAACCUGUACCCUGAAAACCUGUACCCUGAAAACCUGUACUCUAAAAACCUGUACCCUGAAAACCUGUACCCUGAAAACCUGUACCCUGAAAACCUGUACUCUUAAAACCUGUACCCUUAAAACCUGUACCCUGAAAACCUGUACUCUCAAAACCUGUACUCUCAAAACCUGUACUCUGAAAACCUGUACUCUGAAAACCUGUACCCUGAGAACCUGUACCCUGAAAACCUGUACUCUCAAAACCUGUACUCUGAAAACCUGUACUCUAAAAACCUGUACUCUGAAAACCUGUACCCUGAGAACCUGUACCCUGAGAACCUGUACCCUGAGAACCUGUACCCUGAGAACCUGUACCCAAUCUGUGACUGCUGCCUGUAAACUAGACCAAUAAAGACCAAGUGAUCUGAA